CUACGUAAACUGACCUUUGCUGCCAUGGUGCGUCAGGAGGUUGGAUGGUUCGAUGAAGAAAGGAACUCAGUCGGAGCUCUGUGUUCCAAACUGUCAGGAGAUGCUUCGGCUAUACAAGGGGCGACGGGCUCUCGCGUGGGCACCAUUGUGCAGGCGAUCACUACCCUGGGCAUCAGUAUUGUCCUAGCGUUAUACUACGACUGGCGCCUUGGGUUGGUCACGCUGCCCUUCAUCCCGUUCGUCCUGGUAGCGGUAUACCUGCAGAGCAAGAUCCUGAUGGGCCAGAGCGUCACCGAGUCCAAAGUCUUAGAGAAUGCGGGAAAGGUAAGUCCGGCGAACAAAGUUAAUCGGCCUGAAGUUGUAAGUUGAGUGAAUAGCAUGUUA